AUGGUGAAAUCUGUAGCAAGUGGGAUGGUGUUAGUUUUUUUUGUAGGAAAUCUGUGGGAAAAACAAAAUUCAAUCAGAUAUAAUUGCAGCAAUUAUAGGUAUGAUUGGUGUUUUGUCGUCAUUGCGGCCAUAUGUCAUUUGUUCUUACUCAAGAAAUGGUUUCGUCCUAACACAAGUAUUGAUUUAAAGGAUGAAACUGAUGGAAAUGAAAUUAUAAAUGAGGAAUCUUUACAAAUCGAAUUGGGAAAAAUUGAGGAAGCCACAAACAGUUUCUCAAUAAAGAAUAAAGUAGGUGAAGGUGGGUUUGGUGUAGUAUACAAGGGAAUUCUUGCUUAUGGGCAACAAAUUGCUGUGAAGAGGUUAUCCAAAGGGUCCAAACAAGGCUCAUUGGAGUUCAAGAAUGAGGUUGUAUUACUAGCCAAACUUCAACACAGAAAUCUCGUCAGACUUUUGGGAUUUUGCCUUCAUGCUGAGGAGAAGAUCCUGAUUUAUGAAUAUGUUGCCAACCAUAGUCUUGACUUCUUUCUAUUUGGUCAAGCAAAUAAUGUGAAAUUGGAUUGGCCAACACAUUAUAGAAUAAUUGGAGGAAUUGCUAGAGGGAUGUUGUACCUACAUGAAGAUUCUAGAUUGAGAAUUAUUCAUCGAGAUCUCAAAACUAGCAACAUAUUGUUAGAUGAAGAAUUGAAUCCAAAAAUUUCAGAUUUUGGCAUUGCAAGGAUUGUUUGCGGAAGUCAAAAUCAGGCAUUGACAAAUAGAAUUGUUGGAACGUUUGGGUACAUGUCACCCGAGUAUGCAAUGCAUGGUCACUUCUCCGUGAAAUCCGAUGUGUACAGUUUUGGUGUACUGGUUCUUGAGAUUAUUAGUGGAAAAAGAAACACUCAUUUCUUUGAAUCUGGUUACACGGACCUUCUAUGCUAUGCCUGGAGUAAAUUGAAGAGUGGAGAAAUACUCGAGAUACUAGACUCAAGUAUGGUUGAUAUUCACUCAGAAAUUGAAGUGUUACGUUGUAUCAGUAUCGCCUUAUUGUGUGUUCAAGAGGAUGCUGAAUUAAGGCCUUCAAUGGCUUCUGUAGUCCCCAUGCUUAAUAGUUCCUUGAUUGCGUUACCUGUCCCUCAAAAGCCUCCUUUUGUAUCAGGGAAAAGAGUUGGAUCUACAACAUCGUCAGAGCUACCAGAAUCAGAUGUUUGGCCUACUGAUGCUUCACUUAUUACUGAUGUGCAUCCUCGAUAACAAAGCUAUCAAACAAUAUAAGAUAAGUGUAACACGUAUUGUAUAUUUGAAAGUCAUGGGUAAUGUUGGAGAAGUAUUAAUUGGUUAUAAUAGAACAUUAUUAGCUUUUGCUGAUCAAAAAGGCGAUCACGCUUUUAGAACACUUUAUGAUUCUUUCAACUCUACAAUGUUUAAUAGAU